AUGUCUGAAAAAUUAAUCCAAAUCAGAAAGCUUAUGGCUGAGAAUGGGGUCAAUGCCUACCUAGUCCCUCAUAAUGACUCACAUAUGUCAGAAUACAUUGCAGAAAGAGAUGAGAGAAUCAAGUUCAUCUCUGGUUUCUCUGGAAGUGCUGGACUUUGUCUUAUCACCCAAGGAUCUACCAUAAAAGAUUCCUCUGAAAACUCUGAAGGCUCAGACAUUGCAUACAUGUGGACUGAUGGCCGCUACUGGCUUCAAGCUGGCAAAGAGCUUGAAGAAGGAUGGGAAAUCAGAAAAACAAGAGUCGCUGAUGAAAAGUCCUGGUAUGAAUGGAGUAAAGAGAAUCUUAAAGAAGGAGAUGUUAUUGGAUAUGAUCCAUACCUUCUCCCCCAAGGUAGUGUUGAAGCCAGAGGAGAGUACUUGAAAGAAGCUGGUAUUACUCUUAAAGCUAUUGAUGAGAACUUAGUCGACCAGGUAUGGAGCUCAACCCAGCCUGAAAGAGCAGGUGCACCUGUUACUAUUCAUGAAGAGAAGUACACAGGAAGAACAGUUGCUCAGAAUAUCAAGGAGAUAAUGGAUAAAGUUGAGGAGAACAAAUCUGAAGCUAUUGUUAUCCCAACUUUGGAUCAGAUCGCUUGGUUGACUAAUCUAAGAGGACAGGAUAUUAGUUACAAUCCUUUGUUCUUUUCAUAUGCUGUGAUUUAUGACAAAUCAGGUACACAUACAAUUAGAUUGUAUAUUGAUGAGGAAAAGGUAAAGAACAUCACUGAAUACCUCGAUGAAAAUAAUAUUGAGAUCGCACCUUAUGACCAAGUGUUCACAGAUCUUUCAACUGGAGAAUUUAAAGAUUUGAAAUUUGUUGUUGAUGCCAAUGACUGUAACAAUAAACUGUAUACUUCUCUAAACCCUGAUAAUGUGAAAAAUAUCCCUGAUCUUGUUGGAGAGAUCAAAUUUAUCAAGAAUCAGACACAAAUUGCAGGUUAUAGAAGCUCUCAAAUAAGAGAUGCAGCCGCUCUUGCUAAGUUCUUCUCAUGGCUUGAAAAUGAAAUCACUGUAAAGGAAUCAACUCUCACAGAAUAUGAAGGAGCAAUAGAACUUGAGAAAUGUAGAGCAGAGCAAGACUUAUACAUGGGGCUUUCUUUCGACACUAUUUUGUCUUCUGGUGCUAAUGGAGCUAUUAUUCAUUACAAGCCUGAACAAGAUACUGCAGCUGUUUUAGAUCCAAAAGAAGUUAUCCUCUGUGACUCUGGUGGUCAUUAUCUUGAUGGUACAACAGAUACUACCAGAACUUUCCAUUUCACUGAGCCUACUGAUUUCCAAAGAGAAAUGUACACUAGAGUCUUGAAGGGAAAUCUUGAUUUUGAAAGAGUAAAGAUUCCUAACAAGAAGCUUCAUAACAUCAAAGAUAUUGAUGCUUUUGCUAGAGCUCCACUUUGGCAAGUUGGUAGAGAUUAUGCUCACGGAACUGGUCAUGGAGUUGGCCAUUUCCUUAACGUACAUGAGGGUCCAUAUAUGAAGAAAUGGAGAGCAGGCAUGACCUACACUGAUGAACCAGGCUACUACCAUGAAGGAGAAUUCGGUAUCAGGAUUGAGAAUCUCUUGAUCCUUCAAGAAGAUCCUAAUGUUGAAGGAUUCCUUGCUUGGGAAAAUGUUACUAAGUUCCCUUACUGCAGAAACCUUAUUGAUACUAAACUAUUAUCUCCAAUGGAUCUGGAAUAUAUUAACAAGUACCAUUUAGAAUGCAAGGAACUAUUGACUCCCCUCUUACAGGACAAUGAAUUAGCCUUGAGAUUUAUUGAAAGAGAGACUGAACCAAUUUCUCAUUAA